UCAGUGGCUAAGUUCUCUAAAAGGGCCCAUCGCUGAAGGGGAUAGGGUCACAAUUGAUGGUGCUAAUAUAACAAGAUCUUUUUUUUUUGGAUUUUUUCAUUCUCCCCCCAGUCUGCACUUAGAGUCUCAUGUCUAACAUUUAGACAUGAUGAGCUUUGUGCAAAUUGCCCCUCUCCUCUGCAUCCUAGCAGUGGGUUAUCCUUCCAUAGUUUUGGCACAACAACAGGAAGUUGUAUCAGACUCAUGUACACAUCUUGGACAAGUCUAUGCUGACAGAGAUGUCUGGAAACCAGAACCAUGCCAAAUCUGCGUUUGCGACACUGGAGCUGUGCUCUGUGAUGAAAUCCUUUGCGAUGAAAAUGAAUUAGAUUGUCCAAAUCCUGAAAUUCCAUUUGGAGAAUGUUGUCCCAUCUGUCCUCAGGCACCAAGUCCUACCCCAGGUGGAGGUGGAGGUGGUACAAGCAGUAAAGGACCAAAGGGGGACCGUGGCCCAAAAGGUGAUCAAGGUUCUCCUGGCAUUCCUGGAAGAAAUGGUAGCCCCGGAAGCCCUGGUUCUCCUGGUGCCACUGGCCCAGCUGGACCACCUGGUAUUUGUGAAGGCUGUCCAACCAUGAACGGUGGGAACUACUCUCCUCAGUAUGACACCAAAGCAUAUGAUGGCAAGUCUGGAGGCAUGGGAUCUAUGGGGGGAGGAAUGCCUGGUUUACCUGGACCUCCUGGCCCCCCAGGGUCACCUGGACAUGCUGGCCAACCUGGACCUCAUGGUUAUCAAGGCCCCCCUGGUGAAUCUGGACAGCCUGGUCCUCCUGGUCCUCCAGGUCCAUCUGGACUCCUUGGCCCCGCUGGUCCACCAGGAAAAGAUGGAGAACCCGGAAGACCUGGUAGGCCUGGAGAGCGUGGAGUAGCUGGCGCCCCUGGAGGCAGAGGGCCACCUGGUAUGUCUGGUUUCCCUGGAAUGAAAGGACACAGAGGAAUUGAUGGAAGAGAUGGUGCAAAGGGAGAUUCUGGCGCUCCUGGACAGAGGGGAGAGCCUGGUAGCCCUGGAGACAAUGGAUUGCCUGGCUCAGCGGGACCAAGAGGACAACCUGGUGAGAGAGGUCGGCCUGGGGGUCCCGGACCUGCUGGUGCCCGUGGUAACGAUGGUGCUCCUGGCUCUUCUGGUCAGCCCGGUCCUCCUGGUCCCCCUGGCAAUGCAGGAUUCCCUGGAGGUCCAGGCCCCAAGGGUGAAGCUGGAGCUCCUGGUUCUCCCGGUUCAGAUGGCUCACCUGGUUCUAGAGGUGAAACCGGACCCCAAGGUCCCGUUGGUUUAACUGGUCCUGCUGGUCCUCCUGGUAAUCCUGGAAAUCCCGGCGGCAAGGGUGAAACGGGUCCUGCUGGCAUCCCUGGUGCUCCUGGUCUGGCUGGUGGUCGUGGUCCUCCUGGCCCUCCUGGUACUAAUGGAGUUCCUGGCUUAAGAGGCACAGCGGGUGAACCUGGCAAAGAUGGUGGUAAAGGAGAACCUGGUCAAAGAGGAGAGCGCGGAGAAUCUGGACCCCCAGGUGCCCCUGGACCUGCCGGUGAGGAAGGCAAGAAGGGAACCAAUGGUGAACCAGGCACUAACGGAUUACCAGGAACACCAGGAGAAAGAGGUACCCCAGGUUUCCGUGGACCACCAGGUAGCAACGGAAUCCCCGGUGAAAAGGGACCUCCUGGAGAACGUGGGUUACCAGGUCAAGCUGGUCAAAGAGGAAAUCCUGGUGAACCCGGAAGAGAUGGUGGACCUGGUUUGCCUGGCAUGAGAGGUUCUACAGGUAGCCCUGGUGCCCCAGGAUCUGAUGGCAAACCAGGACCACAAGGUCCCUCUGGAGAAUCUGGUCGUCCUGGUUCUCAAGGGCCACCUGGUCCAAGAGGACAACCCGGUGUCAUGGGAUUCCCAGGACCUAAGGGUAAUGAGGGCCAACCUGGUAAGAAUGGAGAAAAAGGAAAUCCUGGAUCACCUGGAACACAGGGACUUCCUGGAAAGAGUGGUGAGCCAGGUGCACAGGGUCCUCCUGGAGUAGCAGGUCCUGCAGGCGAAAGAGGAGAACCAGGAGCAACCGGACCUCCAGGAUUCCAGGGUCUUCCUGGAACUGCUGGACCCCCUGGUGAAAACGGAAAACCCGGUGAAGCUGGUCCAAAAGGUGAGGGUGGUGUCCCAGGAACCCCAGGAGGAAAAGGUGAAAAUGGUGCCCCUGGUGAAAGAGGAGCACAAGGUACACCAGGAGCUCCGGGUCUUAGAGGUUCUGCUGGUCCCCCUGGUCCAGAUGGUGCUAAGGGUCCUGCUGGUCCUCCUGGUCCUGCUGGUUCCAUGGGUCCACCUGGUCUUCAAGGAAUGCCUGGAGAGAGAGGAGGCUUUGGAAAUCCUGGUCCCAAGGGUGAAAAGGGAGAGGCUGGCGGUAAAGGAGAUGAUGGAUCCCCUGGUAAAGAUGGAAGUAGAGGUCCUGCAGGUCCCAUUGGGCCACCUGGUCCUGCCGGUCCAGCUGGUGACAAGGGUGAUAGUGGUCCAGCUGGUCCUCCAGGCCCCGUUGGUGCACGUGGUGGUCCUGGUGAGCGUGGAGAAGGUGGUCCCCCUGGUCCUGCUGGCUUCCCUGGAGCCCCUGGUCAAAAUGGAGAACCUGGAGCCAAAGGAGAGAAAGGUGGUCCUGGUGAAAGAGGAGAGGCUGGUCCUCCAGGUGUUGCUGGUCCACAAGGUGGAUCUGGGCCUGCUGGUAACCCUGGCCCUCAAGGAGGAAAAGGCGAUCGUGGUGCCCCUGGCUCACCUGGUGCAGCUGGCUUUCCUGGUGCUCGUGGUUUGCCUGGCCCUCCAGGAAGCAACGGCAAUGCAGGUCCUCCAGGUUCUCCAGGCGGACCAGGAAAAGAUGGUCCCCCAGGCCCAGCUGGUAGUGUUGGUGCCCCAGGCAGCCCUGGAGGAGCAGGUCCAAAAGGUGAACCGGGUCAACCAGGAGAAAGAGGAUCUCCCGGUAACCGCGGAGAACCAGGUGCCCCAGGUCCUUCAGGUAUUUCUGGCCCAGCUGGUACUCGUGGUAUUGUAGGAUUACCUGGAAUGCAAGGAAGACCAGGUACUCCUGGCAUUCCUGGCCCUAAGGGUGAAGAUGGAAAGUCUGGCUCAAAUGGAUCUCCUGGUGACCGUGGUUCUCCUGGUCCAGCUGGUCCAGCUGGUCUCAACGGUGCACCUGGUGAAGCUGGAAGAGAUGGCAAUCCUGGUAGUGAUGGUUCACCUGGGCGUGAUGGAUCUCCUGGUCCUAAAGGUGAUCGAGGUGAAGGUGGUUCUCCUGGUGCUCCUGGAUCUCCAGGUCACCCCGGCGCUCCAGGUCCUGCUGGCCCAGCUGGCAAGUCAGGAGAUAGAGGAGAGACUGGUCCAGCUGGCUCACCUGGUGCCCCUGGUCCUGCUGGUGCUCGUGGUCCAUCUGGUCCUCAAGGUCCACGUGGUGACAAGGGAGAAGCUGGUGAACGUGGUACCAAUGGAAUUAAAGGCCACAGAGGUUUCCCAGGAAAUCCUGGUCUUCCAGGUCCUCCUGGUGCUUCUGGAGAACAAGGUACUGCUGGAAGUCCAGGUCCUCUUGGUCCCAGGGGUCCACCAGGCCCAAGCGGUCCUCAAGGAAAGGAUGGUACUAGUGGAUAUCCAGGACCCAUGGGCCCACCAGGUCCUCGUGGUAGCAGAGGAGAAACUGGUCCAGAGGGAGCAUCUGGUCAACCUGGACCUCCUGGACAACCUGGUCAACCUGGACCACCUGGCCCUUGUUGUGACGGUGGUGCUGCUGGACUAGGUUCCUCAUUUGAAAAAGGACCUGCUGGAGCUCCAUACUAUGGUGAUCAACCACUCGAUGGGGCUUUAAGUGCUUCUGAGAUAAUGUCUUCAUUGAAAUCAAUCAACAGCCAAAUAGAAAACAUCAUCAGCCCUGAUGGCUCUAGAAAGAAUCCAGCACGUAACUGCCGUGAUCUCAAGUUCUGUCAUCCAGAGUUUAAGAGUGGAGAAUAUUGGAUUGAUCCCAACCAAGGGUGCAAAAUGGACGCCAUUAAAGUCUUCUGCAAUAUGGAAACUGGUGAAACCUGUGUAAAUGCAAAUCCAAGCAGUGUUCCACGUAAGAACUGGUUCACUAGCUCUGGAAAUGAGAGGAAACAUGUCUGGUUUGGAGAGUCUAUGAAUGGUGGCUUCCAGUUUGGCUAUGGAGAUUCAGAGCUCCCAGAAGAUGUUUCCGAAGUCCAGAUAGCAUUCCUCAGAAUUCUGUCUAGCAGAGCCUCUCAGAACAUCACUUACCACUGCAAGAACAGCAUCGCCUAUAUGGAUGGCCAGAAUGGAAACGUAAAGAAGGCUUUGAAAUUCAUGAGCUCCACCGAAAGCGAACUGAAGGCUGAAGGAAACAGUAAAUUCACGUACACAGUUUUAGAGGAUGGUUGCACUAGACACACAGGUGAAUGGAGCAAAACAGUCUUUGAAUACAGAACACGCAAGACAAUGAGGUUACCAAUCUUAGAUAUCGCACCCAUGGAUGUCGGUGGACCAGAUCAAGAAUUCGGUGUUGACGUUGGCCCUGUAUGCUUCUUGUAAUUUCGGAAUAUUAUUCUUUCUAAAACCACAGCAAAUGAUGUGCACUCCAUUCGUGCCCCUAUUUUUCUAAUUUUGUCACCUUCUAGAGGCAGAAAAACUGUACUCUAGUUAUUUAUUUCCAACCAACGAGGAAAAAAAAAACGAUAACUAGAUGGAAAAGGGCUAAAUGAUUUUGUAAUAACACAAACUAAAUGCUUUUGCUUUAUUUUUUCUACAAAUUUCAUAUUUUGAUGACAUCUGGUGCUAUAAUAUCCGUUAAUGAAAACACUGUGUGAUGUUUUUAAAUGAGUUUUGGCCAUUUCACAGAGCACUGAUUAUUCCAAAAUAUCAAACUCAACCAUCUUUCUAACCAAGAUGAAGUUCACAUUAAAGAGAAAGAACUUCCCUGUUUCAACUACCUCAUCAUGGACAGAAAGUUGGAUGAGUUUGAUAGGUCAGAAAACUGACUGCAUUGCAGUAAGCUAAGACAGUAAAACGCGUCAGGUUUCUGUGUAACGGUGUGAUUUUAUUGGAUGUAACAUCUCCAAUUGAUUCAUCAAAGAAAUUCAAAUUAUGCUUGGUGCUUAUAUAAUUUCCUAUCGUUGCUGGCCAAGACCACUAAAAAGUAGGGAAGUCAAAAGAUCAGACAUCAUGGUGCUAAAUGCUAACAUGUUUCCAUUGUAAAACUACAAACCAAAGAUGUAUUGAUUGUACAAAAAAAUAAAAAUUAAAAAAAAAAUCACAAAAAA